AUGGGUGUAGAAACCAAAGACUCGACCGUCGACUUGGAAGAGAAAGGUGAUCUAGUGGGUGAUGCCCUACCCGAUUUCUACCCCUCCAAAGGUCUCACCUCUGCGGAGGCAGAAAACCUGCUGGCGCAAUGGGGACGCAAUGAGUUAAUUGAAGAAACCAUCCCCUCUUGGAAGGUUUUCCUUAUGCAGUUAUACGCUCCCAUGCCCAUCAUGAUCUGGAUCGCUAUCAUCAUCGAAGCUGCCAUUCAGAAUUGGCCCGAUAUGGGAGUUCUUCUGGCCAUCCAAUUUAUCAACGCUACCAUCGGUUGGUACGAGAUUACUAAGGCUGGCAAUGCCAUCGCCGCCCUUAAAGCAUCGCUCAAGCCCAUGGCGACAGUCAAGCGUGACGAUAAGUGGCAGAACAUUGAUGCUGGUGGUGUUGUACCUGGUGAUCUAGCACUCCUAGGUGCUGGUUCCGCCAUCCCAGCUGAUUGUGCUAUCAACAAGGGUCGUCUUGAAGUGGAUCAGUCUGCGCUUACAGGAGAGUCUCUGCCCGUGACCAUGAAAGAUGGUGAUCAACCCAAAAUGGGAUCCACUGCCACUCGUGGCGAGGUCGAGGCCACUGUGUGCAGCACUGGAAUGAACACUUUCUUCGGAAAGACCGCUGCUAUGUUGAACACCGGUAAUGAAUUGGGUAGUUUGCAAAAAAUCCUUCUGCGGCUCAUGGUUAUCCUGGUCGGGCUGUCCGUCACACUCUGUGUUUCUGCGUUCAUCUUCUUAAUGGUUAUGGGACAAGAUUUCAAGGAGUCUAUCUCGUUCACUGUAGUUGUACUGGUUGCCUCUAUCCCCAUUGCCAUUGAAAUCGUGACCACGGCCACACUUGCCAUUGGUUCUCGUGCUCUAUCCGAGCACGGUGCUAUUGUGUCGAACUUACAAGCUAUCGAGGGUAUGGCCGGUAUGAAUAUUCUUUGUUCCGACAAGACUGGUACACUCACGCUCAACAAAAUGGUUAUCCAAGACGAUUGCCCCACCUAUUCUCCCGAUCAGAAUCAGUACACUGUAUUGCAAGCUGCUGCCCUCGCCGCUAAGUGGAAGGAGCCUCCUCGUGAUGCUUUGGAUACUUUGACUCUUGGUUCCGCAGAUCUAGAUAGUCUGGAGCAGUAUGAGCAGAUUGAUUUCUUACCUUUCGACCCGUCUAUCAAGAGAACCGAAGGUACGCUCAAGGGCCCCGACGGUAAGAUAUUCAAAACUACGAAGGGUGCGCCUCAGAUUAUCGCCAAGUUGCUCAGUGACACUCCCGAAAACCAAAAGGUUAAGGAUAUGGUUGCCGAGAAAGUGAACGAACUUGCAACUCGUGGUAUUCGUGCGCUAGCUGUGGCCAAGACCAAAGAUGACAGUGACGAGUGGAUCAUGUUGGGUAUUCUGACUUUCUUGGAUCCUCCUCGUCCCGACACAAAGGAGACAAUUGAGCGUGCUAUGGAACUUGGUGUAGAUGUUAAGAUGAUCACCGGAGAUCAUGGAGUCAUCGCGAAAGAGACCUGUCGCCAGUUAGGUAUGGGUACUAACGUGCAGGGAACUGAGGGUAUCCCUCCGUUGGACGAGAACGGUGAUCCACCCAAGAAUCUGGGUAAGAUCCUUGGUGAUCGUAUCCUAGAAGCUGAUGGUUUCGCUGAGGUGUUCCCCGAGCACAAGUUCUUGCUUGUCGAGGCUUUCCGUCAGCAAGGUUUUGCCACAGGUAUGACUGGUGAUGGAGUCAACGAUGCACCCGCUUUGAAGCGUGCUGAUAUCGGUAUUGCCGUCGCCGGUGCCACCGAUGCCGCUCGUGCUGCUGCUGAUAUUGUGCUUACAGGCGAGGGUUUGAGUGUAGUCAUCACAGCUAUCAUCAUGGCACGUCAAAUCUUCAAGCGUAUCCAAGCCUUCAUCAACUACCGUAUCGCCGCCACACUUCAGCUGUUGUUCUUCUUCUGGAUUGAAGUGUUCGCCUUCCGACCCGAAGAGUACGAACCCAGUCCCGAAGGCCUUACGGCUGGAGGUGGUGAUCCCGAUUUGUACGAGGAGUGGCCUUAUUUCUUCCAGGUCCCCGUGCUACUGCUGCUUCUUAUUACCGUUCUUAACGAUGGUACUCUGAUCUCCAUCGGUUAUGAUAAGGCUAUCCCCAACAAGCGUCCCGACAAGUGGAACCUCAAGGUGCUAUGGACCAUGUCUAUUGUGCUCGGUGCGGUUGCUUGCGGUUCAUCACUGCUCCUUCUUUGGCUCAUGUUGGACUCCUGGAAUCUAAAUGGUGUUGUACAGUCUAUUGGUUUACCUGGUUUGUACUACGGACAGAUCACCAUCUCCAUGUACCUGAAGAUUUCAGUUUCUGAUUUCUUGACCUUGUUCUCAUCUCGUACCUACCCCGGUCCCUUCUGGUCACAAGCACCAGGAACUGCCUUGCUUUGUGGUGCCUCAGCAUCUCUGCUGCUGUCUACCCUUCUGGCCUGUUUCCUGCCCAACGGAGAUAUGGACGAGGUUCCUAUCGAAGGUCUUGUCCGUGCCGACUUCAAAUGGUGGCCGUUGAUCAUCUGGGCUUAUUGCAUCGUUUUCUGGUUCAUUCAGGAUGCCUGCAAGGUGCUCGGCUAUUACAUUCUAUACAAGUUCGAUAUCUUUGGCUCAGUGUCUGGUGCGGCCAUCAACAUGAAGCACGCCAACACUGUCACCGACAUGCCUCAAGCCCGCAAGAGUAUUGCCGUGGUUGAGAACAGGUUGUUUAUCCGCAAGAUCGAUGCUGCCAUCGAAUCUGUUGAGAAGGCCACCAAAGCCGACCCCAAAUUGGAGGGCGAAUUCGGUGAGAUUCUCUCUGAACUUCGCACAAUGCGUGCGGAUGUCCAGCAUUUGGCCUUGAACCCCAAGUCAGCACCUGGUGCACGUUCGUCAGUUGCUGCUCGUGCGUCGCAGAUGUCACAGGUGGUGCGGGAUCCCACUACUGGCUUGUCCGAGGCACGCAGCUCUACUGCGGCUAGACGUAGCUCUGUGGCGAGACAGAGUGUGAUGAACGGUGCUAAUAGUGAGGCCUUUAUUCUGGAUCAGCAGACUGAGGGACGGGUGUCGAACAUCCGUAGUGCUAUCCAGGAUGUACACGACAAGAACCUUGCUAGAGAGAUUGAGUUAGCAUUGGACGCGGUUGAGCAGGCCGCUGUGAAUGUCCAUGAUGUGGUAGAUACCGCCCACGGAACUUCAACCUAAGCCAUAAUAUACUUUCAAACCCCGGGAAGGAGAUGCACCAAUAUGAUAUUCCUGCGUGCACAUCAAAUACUCGCUCAUGCGACCGGAGUCCGUACAAAGAAUUUGGGCCAAUACUCCGUAAGCCUGUUGAUCGGUGAAAUAGUACACUGGUAAAUAUAUCCGACCCUAUCGCUGUUGUUAUAUCUUAGAAAAUUAAAAAUUCUUUUUGACACGA